AUGGCGACCCUCGCAUCGCUGCUCGAGCAGUCCCAGCGACUGCAGACCUCGCUCGCGUCGUCCUCCGCACAGCCAGGCGUCGACCUCCCCGCCAUCCAGCUCGGGCUCGACCAGAUCGAGAGCCAGUCGCGCAGGAUCGCUGGACGCAGUCUCAAGGAGGCGCGCCAGACGGGCAACGCAGCCUACUUGCUCGCUUCAGGCGGAGUCAAUGCCGAGCAGCUCUCGUCCAACAUCAACACCGUCAAUGUCGCCGGCACCUUUGAGCCGCUCGUCCCCCUGAGCGACACGGACGUCGAGGGAUACAUCCGGCACACGCACGAGCAAGCGAUCAUUUCCGCCAUCGAAGAAGGCCGCCGCGCGACCACCUCGGACUUUUACCGCAACCUUGAUGUCAAGAUGCGCCGCGACUGGGAGAAGCAGAAGGAGAAGCUGUUUGAGGAGCUGGGCCGACACCAGCCUGCGGCGGGACCGAGUACGGAGACCCCUCGGCGCGGUGGAAGCGGUGCGAGCGGCUUCGAGCGUGGCUCCCCCAUGACCCCUCUUCCUGCGACUUCCGGCUCGCUUCAGAUGCACUCCAAGAUGAUGCGCUACGACCGAGUCAUCCGCCGCCUCAACGAAUUCCGCAAGGAGGGUUACGCGUUCGGUCUCGUCUCGGCGCUCGGAGAGGCGAGCAUCGGCACGUCCGCGAGCGACUCGCGCUCCGCCCAGGCGACCGAAACAUGGCGCCUCCUUUCGCACCUCGUCCAAGAACGCGACGUCCUCAAUGGCGAGUUCCAGCGGACGGCGCUGCAGGAGCGUCAGUAUGCCAAGGCGUACUUGCUUGCCGAUCAGGAGAGUCAGGAUGCGGUACAGGUCAGGAGGAUGAUCGGAGACGGUGCGAGAGAGUACCUCGAAGAGCAAUUCCUCGCCUACGUCGAAAAGACGCUCGCCUCGCGACCGACUGAAGCGGCUCUCGGCGGUGACCCGUCCAUCCAGAACAAGAUUCGCGCUUUCCUCAACGUCAAGUACUCCAAAAACGGGCAGUGGUCGAACCAGGCGCUCGAGAUCGCCAACAACACGCCUGUCUGGGCUCGCAUUUACUACCUCCUCCGCAGCGGACACGCCAAGGAGGCCCUCACGUUCGCCACCGAGAACGAGUCGGCGAUCCAGAAGCUUGAGAAGAGCUUCGUCCCGUACUUCAAGGCGUGGCUCGACUCGCCCGACCGGCGCCUCCCGAAACUCCUCCGCGACCGCUUCCUCGCCGAGUACAACCAGCGCAUCCGCUACCUCACCGACACGUCCGACCCAUACAAGCACGCGCUGUACAAGCUCAUCGGCCGCGUCGAGAUCAACCGUCGCAACGUCCCCGGCGUCACGCAGACCACCGAGGACUGGCUCUGGUUCCAGCUCAGCCUCGUCCGCGAGACCGAGGGACAGGGCGAGGCUCCGCACGAGAAGUAUGGCCUGCGCGACUUGGCGGCCGUCUUGCGCAAGUUUGGCGAGCAGCACUUUGACCCGAAGGGAACGAGGCCGCUCCUCUACUUCCAGGUCCUCCUCCUCAGUGGGCAGUUCGAGCGGGCCAUCGCGUUCCUCCAGCAACACUCGCAGUAUCAGGCCGACGCCGUCCACUUUGCGGUCGCCCUCGCGUACUACGGCUUGUUGCGUGUCUCGCCGAGGUCGAAGGCUGCGGACGUCGAGCUGCUCGUCGACGGCAACACCGACACCCCCUCCAUCUCCUUCGCCCGCCUCAUCCACCGCUACACUCGCCUUUUCGCGCACUCCGAUGCCGCCGAAGCGCUUCAGUACCUCUACCUGAUCUGCCUCAACGCCGACCUGCCAUCGCCGCGAGGUGAAGACCAGGUCGCUCUCGCGCACGACUACGUCCGCGAGCUCGUCAUGGAGACGAGGCAGUACAGCCAGCUGCUUGGAGACGUGCGGAACGACGGGACCAAGGUGCCCGGCCAGAUCGAGCGUGACCUCAAGCUCCUUCACCUCGCCGACUCUCGCGCCUACCUCUUUGGCAUCGUCAAGUCCGCCGCCGAGCGCGCCGACCUCGAGCUGCGUUUCAGCGAGGCGAUCCUCCUCUACAACCUCGCCGAAGAGUACGACGCCGUCAUCGCCGUCCUGAACGUCGAGCUCGGCAACUCGCUCUCGAAGCCGUCUGUGCCUGAGAACGGCGCGAGGCAGAGUCGCGGAGGUUUCUUUGCGGAUGCGAGCAAGGGGACGGUUGGGAUGGCAGCUGGCCAGGAGGAUGUCGCGCAGGUUGCACGGAGCAUCCUCGAGCACUAUGAUCGUAGUGCGGGCAUGGGAGGAAAGGUCUCGAGGCGGAGGAGGGAGACGUGCGAGGUGUUGAUGCGGUUGAAGGAGGCGAUGGGCAUGUACGAGCAGGGCAAGCUCGAGCAGGCGUUGCAGACCAUCGAGUCGACGAACCUCAUCCCGCUGCACUCGGACCUGGUGCACCUCAUCCGCGCCGCUGAGGAUCUCAACUCGGUCGACGACGCGAUCGUCCGCAACCUCGACGUCGUCCUCGUCGCGACGAUGUCGAUCCUGUACAAGCUCCACCAGCAGCUCAAGGACAGCCCGUUCGGCGGCGACCAGUCGCGGCAGCAAAAGAUGCAAGAGUUGCGGGCCAAGGCGCGCAGCCUCAUGAUGUUUGCCGGCAUGCUGCGGUACCGGUUGACCGCGGAGACGUACAGCCAGCUCAUGCGGCUCGACACCUUCCUCCACUGA